AUCAAGGCUCUCUUCUUUACUGUCAUCAUGGGCCACGGAAAUUCUGACAAGCUCUAUAUCACUCAUGCCGAACAUACUGGCAUGUUUGGUUCCCAUUCGUCCUCUACAGGCUUCAAGGCCAAGCAAGAAGCGCCUCAUCCAGGAGCAAGGACACCCUUCGACUGCUGUGCUCUUUCUUUUCAGCCAUUCAGUCAUCCUGUCUGUGCUCGAAACUCGGAUGGCACUGGCCAUGUGUUCGAUUUGGUGAACAUCAUUCCCUGGCUCAAACAACAUAACAACACCAAUCCUAUAACGAAAGAACCUCUGAUGCCCUCUGAUCUCAUUACACUGCAUUAUUCUCGCAAGGAGGCAUCUGGAGAGAUCCAUGACCCCAUAUCCUUCAAACCUUUCAGCGAGCACUCUCACAUUGUGGCUAUCGCGACCACCGGAAAUGUGUUUCUUGCUGGGAGCAUCAAGGGUGGAAAGGAUCUUGUUAAUGACGUUCCCUUCAAAAAGACAGACGUCGUGACGCUACAAAACCCCCAUGGACUACCCCCGGCGUCUGUGCCAACUAAAGUCGCAUCAACUUCUUCUGCAUCCACGAAAACUGUUGCUGAAAAGGGCCAGACCAGCGCAGUCCCAGUUAAGACCAAGGAACCGGUACCUUGGAAUAUCUCACCUUAUUCGAAUGGUCUUCCUGGGGCAUCUUUGACCUCCACUUCUGUUGAUCCUCAGUCUGGUCCGACGAACCUUGUGUGGGAUGAGGAAGAAUUGAUGUUCGAAAGCAUAUCAAACCCACUCAAAAACAAAGGCAAAGAAAAGGAUGUAGGUAAACGGCGCGCCUAUGUGCGUGUCGUGACAAGUUUGGGUGGUAGCAGUUUGAAUUUGGAGUUGUACUGCGAAAAAGCCCCGAAAACAUGUUAUAACUUCCUAAUGCUUGCGAGGGCCGGAAAGUAUGAUAAUUGUCUAUUUCACCGUUUGGUCCCAGGUUUCAUGAUUCAAACUGGUGAUCCCAUUGGCACCGGUUCUGGGGGGAAUUCGUACUGGGGCACUCCGUUUCGCGAUGAAUAUGACCUGAAAGGGGCAGCCAGACAUGAUGGUCGUGGUAUUGUAGCUAUGGCUAACAAGGGUGCUGGGACCAAUGGUUCCCAAUUUUAUGUGACUUUCAAGGCUGCCCCCCAUCUUGACAAAAAACAUACCGUUUUUGGGCGAUUGGUUGGUGGAGAAGAUGUUCUCGACGCUUUGGAACGUCUACCGCGCAAAGAGGGUACCGAAAGACCCAGUAAGCCCGUGCGAAUAACGGAAGUUGUCAUUUACCAAGACCCCUUUGAGGAGUACAAAACCCGGCUGACGAAGAAGUUGGCGAAACGCGCCGAGACAGAGCAAUAUGGGAAUUCACAAAAAGCCUCAGAGAAGGAGGGCGAUGAUAUCAACUGGUUUGGCAAGCGAGUAGGUACGAAUAGUACCAUCUUUGAGUCUGGGGACACUGGAACGGGUGUUGGAAAGUAUCUGAACUCGGCGAAAAGACCAAGUGAACCCCCGGGUAACGGUGGCGGCGUAGACGAGGUGAAGAAGAAGCGCAAAAUUGGCUUCGGGAAUUUUGAGGGUUGGUGAAUGUUACGAGCUUCUUGUGUGAGAUACGAAUUAUUUAGAGUGUAUAUGUAUGAUAUAUGAUACAUUGUCGGUUCGAAUCGUGGAAUGAUCAUGAUGGC